AUGAGUUUCCUCAGCUCCAUGCAGCAAUAUGUAACAAGUGGCAUCUCGAGUUUGGGCCUUGGCAAUCGGCGCUUCUCCCUCUCCCGCCAGGAGUCGAGUGAACAGCAGUCGGGGAUCGGAGGCGCCACACCUGGCGGCCUCGUUUCCGGCCAGCCGCAGCAACAGCAGCAGCAGCAGGUGCCGUUUCCGCAGCAGCCCUUGCAGCAGUCACUUCCGCAACAGCAACAGCAGCAGCAACAGCAACAACAGCAACAUGGCCACGCCCCGUUGCAGCAACAGGCGAGCAUCGGCAGCGGACUGGGCGUCUAUGGCACCCCUGCCCCGCCCACCGGAGUGGGGGCAUCCUCGACGUGCGGCAGUAAUUACCCCUCCGGCGGUGUGGUAAUCGGCAAUCCAAAUGCCACCAAUCCAUUACUGGGUUACCCCAAAAUACCAGGUGGUGCUGCGGGACCCGGCAGUCCCUCGACAUCCGGCUCCGGUGGACCGGGUGGAACGCCCCAGUCGCGUCGCCAGUCACGGGCCCUGGAAUGCCUGGCUCCGCCCCGCACCGGAUCCUUCCGGCAGCGCAACUCGCCACUGCAUCAGCCGGAUCCGCCGCCUCGUCCGCCGCUGGCGUUCUGCAAACGCCGCCUGAGCUGGCCAGAAGUGGAUCCGCGCUCCAAUUCCGGAGUUCAGGAAACGGACGGCUCGUACUUUGAGAACUUUACAUCGCUGGGCUGGAAACGUGAAAAUCGUCGCAUGUCGGCCACGCGUGCCGCCGAAGCACGUGCCGAGGCUAAUCCCGAGAAUGAACGUGAUCCGCCGGCGGGUGAGGAGUCCAUUGACCGCCAGGACGAGAAGGAGAAGCUGUAUGCGGAGGUGCUGCACACCAUUGCCAACACGGUGGGCGCACCGGCUCCAGGUGGACAGUUUGCACACUACAAGGACGAAAUGUAUCUGCACGCACAGCGCGCCUUCGGUGUCAAUCCGGAUCGUCAUUAUCGCCUGCUGCACGCCUCCGCCGAGGAUAAACCAAAGAUAAUCGUACUCUCUGCGGUGGUAAUCGAGGCUGAUGGCCUCGAGGCAAAGGAUGCCAAUGGUUUCUCGGACCCGUACUGCAUGCUGGGCAUCCAGCCGGACGAAAACGGCGGUCCGCCCGUGUCGCCGCUGCCGCUGCCGCCGACGCCGCGCGCCCUCUCCGCGGACAUGGGCGGCGGCUUUGACAAUAGCGCCACGGACUCGCCGCCGCACAGGAAGCACAGUUUCCGGCUGAGCUUCAAGCGGCGGGAGGCGGGACGGCGGGAGCAGCGCGACUCACUGGGCGGACCGGUACCGGCCAAACUCAUUAAGGCGACCAGCAUCAAGCCCCACACGCUGACGCCCAAGUGGAACGAGAAGUUCAAAUUCGACAUAGAUGACAUCAAUACGGACACCUUCCACCUGGACAUCUGGGACCACGACGAUGAGAGCUGCGUCAUGGACGCCGUUUCGCGACUGAACGAGGUCCGUGGAGUGCGCGGCCUGGGUCGCUUCUUCAAGCAGGUGUGUCAAUCCGCUCGCCAGGGUUCGCAGGACGAUUUCCUGGGCUCCGUGAACAUUCCGCUGUCGGAGAUCCCGUCCACCGGCCUGGAUGCCUGGUUCAAGCUGGAGGCACGCAGUCAUCGCAGCACCGUGCAGGGUCGCAUCCGGCUCAAGUUGUGGCUGUCGACUCGCGAGGAUCGGAGCACUGUCAGCGAGGAGAACCACGAGCAGCAGAUCCACAAGGUGGAGCAGCUCCAGCGGGUGUUCAUGCAGCACGAGGUCACCACGCACGAGCCAUCGUGGACCUGGUGUGGCGACCUACCAGGUCCUGCUCUGACCAUCCUGCAUCAGCUGGCCGUGCAGUCGGAUCUCUCGGACUUGCACUGCGCCAUGGCCAGAUAUGUGGCUGCUGCCAAACUGAAUCGUUCGACCCCGCUGGACCCCAAGUUCCUGCAUCGCCUGCUGAGCGACGUGGAGAAGCAGUGGAAUCAGCCCAACCAGGAGGCACUCAGUCGCGAUCUGGAGCAGUGGCUGGCGGAUGCGAUGAAUGGCUUCGUGGAGCGCUCCCUCAACCAAAUCCGCCGGCACAGGGACAUCUUCCCCGCCCUCAAUCCACCCUCGCUGAUUCGACUGGAAUUCCUGCUGCGCUGCCUGGGACUCCUCGGCUCCAUGCGGGCCUUUCGCGCCGUGUGUCCUUUCAAUAAGGGCGUUAGGGGCGAGGUGGUCAAUGCCCUGCGCAAGGGGUCCGUGAUGUGGGGCCAGACGGUGAUGCGGGAAUCGCAGGGCAUGCCCAAUCCAUUAUCGAAUUUCGUAACUACAUUAACGGCGGACAUUCAGCUGGGACAGACCUACUACCAUGCCCUCUUCGACAACACGAAUGGCAUACAGUACUUCAGCAUCAUCUACAAACAAUACGAUGCGAUGGUGGGCGAGGAGGUGUACAGCCGGAUGGCCGCUGGCCAGGUGCCCGGGGUGCGGAUGAACCUCUCGCAGUACGCCGUGCUCGAGGGCGAUGCGGAGCCGGUGGACACCAAGCCGUUCGAGCUGUUCCUGGCCCUGCAGGAGUUCUGUCAGCUGAAGCGACACCUGUCCGCCCAGCCUCAGCCGCCGGAGAAGCCGCUGGCGCUGAGCAAUAGCCACGAGUGGUUCAUAGCCACGCUGGAGCGCUGGAUGAUGGUGAGCAAGGCGAAGGCGCUGCAGAGGAUUAGGGCGGCCAUUCGCAUGGAUGCCAUAUGCGAGGGUGAGCGCAUUGUGCGGUACAGUAGCUCCUCGGUGGACACGGCCAGCACGCUGCUGAACAUCAAGGAGUUCUGGAAGGUGCUCAAUUGGCCGGACGAGGAUACGGCCAUCAUGAUGGAGUCGCAGCUCAUCGAUGUCGUCUGCUCGGCGGCCAUGCACUAUUGCGAUCUCAUACACACCGCACUGGCCGACAGUGGCUACUAUGAGCAACAGGGUCCGUUCCGGUGCUCGGAUGACAUGUGCGUCACCGUCAACAAUGUGGAGUAUGUGCGUCGCACGCUGGCGGAGUUUCGAUCGGAUGAGCAGCCGCUGGAGGAGUCGGCCGAUAAUCUGCUCGAGUCCAGUCUCACCCACAUGGAGAACAGGUGUGAGCGUAUACUCUCCAAGUUGGCUCCACUCAUGCAGAUGUCCCUGCAGAAGGCCAUGUUCCAUCUGGCCUGGUCACCCGACUCCCUGCCCGCCAAUCAAGCGAUUGUCCCGCUGCUGGAGUACCUGGAUUGCCACCUGGCUGCCCUGAACAGCGCCCUGCUCACCAAGAACUUCAAUCGAUCGCUGCGAUUUAUUUGGAAGACGGUCCUGGGCGAGAUGUCGCGCCAGAUGGAAACCGGCGAUGAGACGGACAAGCCGACUCACUUUCACAAGCGACUCUAUGAGGCGCUGCAGCUGCUCAUCGAUUUCUUUCAUGCCGAGGGUCAGGGACUGCUCCUGGAGUGCCUGCACACCGAGGACUUCUGGCGCAUCGAGCAGCGGCUGCAGUUCCACAAAACGGACACGGAUCGCCUGAUCGACAUGUUCUACAUGCAACGUCUGAGGGAGCAGCUGAUGGCCGUCAUGCCAUCGCCAUAUGGAUCGCUGGCUGUGAGGGCCUACUUCAACCACGACUCGCUCUGCGUGGAGGUGCUGCAUGCCAGGGAUGUGGUGCCCCUGGAUCCGAAUGGCUUCAGCGAUCCCUUCGUGGUCAUUGAACUGCUGCCUCGCCGGGUUUUCUUGCACUGCAUGGAGCAGCAGACCAAUGUGCAUAAGCGAACUCUUAACCCCGUUUUCGAUGAGUGCUUCGAGUUCUCCGUGACCCUGGAGCAAUGUCUGACCGAAGGAGCCAUGAUCUGCUUCACGGUGAUGGAUCACGAUGUCCUGACGGCGAACGAUUUCGGUGGCGAGGCCUAUUUGGCACUGGGCAACAUUCCCGGUGUGGCUGACUACAGUACGAGUGUGGACAACUUCCAUGGACUGAAACAAAUCGAGCUGCCACUCAUGGAGCAAAAGGAUAAAUGCAAUCCAAUUUUGCAAAUCCUCGAAGUGCGCGUCAAUGACAAACAGGCUCAGGACUUUGUGCGCAAACAGAAAUCGCGUUUUAUCAAUUGAUUCUAGACAGGAUAACAAGGACAGGAUAAACAGGACUACCGAACGAACCGUUUGUAAAACGUUGAAAAGCGCGGAUCGAGCAAUGUAAUUGCAUCGAUAGCGAUGAUGAUGAUGAUAACUUAACCAAUCUAAAUUGUAACCAAAACCAGCAUUGUAUGUAUUGUACUUAAUCUAGUUGUUCGACAAAGACUCCUCCUUCUCUUCAGUUUGUAAAUGUUAGCAAGGAAUCGAAAUUCAAAUGGUGCAAAAGUGACAGGCGACUAAAAAAUUGUGGAGUUCACGUUCCCAGCUCUACACAAAAAGUUGCUUGAACAAAAUUAUGGAUAAAUUGUAACACAAAUUAGGGACUUAUUAGAAGCCUAGCAUUGCUGAAAUUGUCACAAAUUGGCAAUCAAACCAAAGUUAUCUACAGCAAAAUCUCAUAUGCGAACACACACAAAAACUCGAGCUAUCUACUCCAGCACCCAGAUGCGUUUUGAAGACUUUUACCAAACAAAGAAAAAAAAAACACGAUAUAGAUAUACA